CUGGAGCUCUCGGGCCAUGUGGGUGGAAAAGCUGCCGUUUCAUCCCAGGGAGCACCGCUCCGUCCCCUUCUCUGCUCCCGUGCGGGCUGUGUCGCUGUCUCAGUGCAGGAGAGCUUCCCUUAGAGGUGUUCGCUUUCUGAGCCCUUGCACUGGCUCCUGUGUAGGGCUCCCUUGAAGUGAUGUGCACAUGGAUUUUUGUGUUCUCGUAAUUCUGCCAUCACCUAAUAGCCUUUGUAUCCCCUUCCUCACCUCUUCACCCCAUCCUGCAACAAACUGUGAUCCUGAAUGCUCUGGGGGUGCUCAGGAUGGUGAGGGAAUGGGGGGUAUUUAGUCUGGUUUGUAUGAGACUGACUCUGCAUGUGUGUAAAAUCUGCUCAAUGCUGCAAAAUAUAAGGAGAAUUUGCAAGGACUGAUGAUAAAGCAGGAGUUGUCCUUGACGUAUGUUUGCUAUCCAUCAAGGAAUUGUUCUGCUGGCUUUGAGGUUUGGGUUGUAGGGAGCCUGGUUCCUUGCUUUCAAUCCAAACUAGUUUAAGAUUUUUGACAUAAUGUUUGUGGGCCAGCCUGUUUUCUCCAGGGCAGGCGAACAGCACUACAGACCUCCAUGUCAGAUGUGCUCUUUCUGCUCCCCCAUCCCCACUCUUCAACUCACUGGUGAAAUUACUGGAGUAAACAGUUUUUUGUCCUUAAAUAUGUGACUUAAAAGCUGUUUUUUCAAGUCGGUGAAUAUCUCCUGAGAAGACACAACCAUCCUGACUUUCCUGGAAGCUCUUGAGAGAGGUUUAGGAAGAAGAGAAAUCUCUCAAGGCACCCUCUGAAGGUGAAUAGAAGAAAAAACCUCACAGAUGCUGCUUUAUUCACCUGCAGAGCUGAGUGGUUGUUACCAGCCUGAUGACCUGCUGGUGGCCUGGGAGCUCUCUGGCCGCUGAGAGGGUUCCUUUGGCAGAACUUACUUUGUCCCCAAAUGCCAGGCGAUGGCCUACACAGCUGAGGCAGACACCACAGUCUGAGGAUGGUGCUCAAAGGAUGGCUGUCAGUGAGCUUCACACGUUUCUUUCAUGCUGGCUGCCACACAGAGCACUUUCACCCUCUGCAUCCUGAAGCUUUUAUUUUUAAUACCAAAGAAAUGUCAGAAGGCUCGCGAACACUUUGGUACAGUGAAAACACAGCUGGAAUCUCUGAAGACCAAGUUUCCUGCUGAUCAGUAUUACAGAUUUCAUGAGCACUGGAGGUUUGUGCUUCAGCGGCUGGUGUUUCUGGCAGCAUUUGUAGUCUACUUGGAGUCAGAAACAUUAGUGACCCGAGAAGCUGUUGCAGAAAUACUUGGGAUUGAAGCUGAUCGGGAGCGGGGCUUUCACCUGGACAUUGAAGACUAUCUUUCUGGUGUAUUAACUCUCGCCAGUGAGCUGUCUAGACUGGCAGUGAACAGCGUCACGGCUGGCGACUAUGCUCGCCCUCUGCGCAUCUCAACUUUUAUCAACGAGCUGGAUUCUGGCUUCCGUCUCCUCAACCUGAAGAACGACUCCCUGAGGAAACGUUACGAUGGCCUGAAAUACGAUGUCAAGAAAAUUGAGGAAGUGGUUUACGACUUGUCAAUCAGAGGACUCAAUAAGGAUGCAACAGCUGGUGCGGGUGGAGAGAAAUGAAGGGUGCUUGUUUUAACAGCAUCAUCGAUUACCUCAGAUGGUUGCCAAUUUAGGAAGCAUGCUAGCAAAGCCUUCCUACAGUAGUUUAGAAGAACUGCAGCUAAAAGCUGCUCUCUAUUUUCUUACAAAAGGUGUAGUACGGGUGUUAGAUCCUCGAAAUGUUUUGUAAACUCCUAUCUAGAUUAGGGCAGGAGGCUCUCCCUUUCCAGUGGAGUUCCUCUGUCAAAACACUUGAUGCUGUUCUGUGCACAGCAGCAAUAGCAGUCAGUAAUGCCUGUGAGCUGAAAUACCUUCUCCCUAGUUCCAUAGUGUUGUUUCACUGCUGCAGCAGUGAUGUGCUUCAGCUGCCCCUGCCCGCCCACCUCAGAAGACGUGUGCACAGCCCGCGGCUCAGUGCAGAUACGUGUCAUGCUUUAAAAAACAGUGUAAAUAGAUGUGCAUUUUUUUAAGACACUGAUUGGGGUUUUUUUUGCCUUUUUGUUAAAUUUUCGCUCCGUCAGCAAGUUGAACAGAUUCACAUAACUCUUUAUUAACCAGAUUUUUUUUUAAUGGCUUCUGUUAAUGUAUCCUCAUUAAUUGAGAAAUCAGUGAAGAUAUUACUGAGAAUUUCCCCGUUGGAACUGGUGUGUGCCCCUGGGCACACAUCUAUCUAUCGGUUUUUCCCUUCCUCCAAGAUUUCUGUUACCAGGAAGAGCAAGGACGUGCUUUCCCUGGCUGGUAUUUGUUUUACUGACAUGAGCAAAUGCUGAGGUUUAGUAUGAUCAUUUGCCUUGAGAACUCGGUGUAACCAAUUUUUAUUUUUAACUGCUAUGAUUUCUGAAUAGAGAAGUGUUAACAGAUAAACUGCAGGGUGAGUCCAACUUUUAACUGCCUGGAGAGGCCACAACUGUACCUGUGUCCUGGGAUUAAAAAAGAAACACACCAGAACUAUAGUUCCUGUAGUAAAAUGUUUGUAUCCUUAGAAAAGAGGGAAUUACUAGUUUCAAACACUUUGCAUGUAAGGUGUUUGCAAACACCGACAGCCUCUUUUCCUUUGUCUAAAAGGACACACUCCUACCCCCCAAUGUGUUUGUUCUCUUGUCCUAAAUGACCUAGACUUUUGCCAUUCUUCUUCUACUUGUGGUGGCACAGCAGGGGGUAAGGAGACAAAUGUAAUUUCUUUAGGAGGAGUAUUUCCAGCGGAGGAAAUUGAGAAGUAAAGUUUAUGUGGGUUUGUUAGCGUCUCAUUUUGUUAGCAAAGAUUUACCACUGUUUCAGUUAGGGCAUUGUUUUGUUUAUUGGAAGAAAAUGGUUUCUUGGUUACUUUGGCCAAUAAAAGCUGUUCUUUGAUUUUGGCCAUUUGGUAA